UAUUAGUAUCAACUCUGACAUCUUCAACGAAGUAUACUUUAAAGCUGGGAACAGUAAUAAUUUUAAAUAAAUAUUUGUAUAAAAACAGCUGGAAUUUUUAAUUUUAUAGAAUAAAAACACUACUAGAAAUAUAUGAAGGUCCAGAAUGCCGUGCUCAGCAGUUACGCUUUCUAUUGCAACAAUAUCUGCAAUAAUUGCAACGGCUUUAUUAGCAAUCGCCUUUUCUACAGAUAACUGGUUAUACUAUGACGUUAAAAGAAGUAAUAUCCAGAUGUUUGCUGCAAAACAUACUGAUGCCGAUGAUCUUUUCAAUAGCAUGACCAACAAAUAUUUUUAUUACCCUCGAACAAGAGGUUUAUUUCGAGUAUGCUUCCCGAAGGAGAGACCACCUUUGAAUGCGGUCCCUACAUACUUGUCACCAAUAGAAACACAUUGCUCUAAUUUAGACUAUUUUCCUCAAAUCGAUGACGAAAAGACUUCGAACGAAGAUGCGAAUUCCAGACUACACUUAGCGCGGUCUUGUAUAGCUUUAUUUGUUAUCGGCUUUGUCACAAUUUUCUGCGCUUUUUGGACAGGACUGUCUGGAUGUUGGAAGCGAUCAUCCGGCGCCAUAACAGCUACAUCAAUUCUUUUAUUAGCAAGUUGCUUACUAUCUGCUGGCGCUAUGGGCUUAUGGCACACUGUUGAAUUUUUUGAAAAAGAGAAAGUUGUUGGAGAAGACUACUACCAGCAAUGGAAUACGGUACUCAGGGAUAACACAAAAAUUACAUACGAUUGGUCAUAUCUCACUGCCUGGGCUGGAAUAGGUGCCUGUUUACUAGCGGCAAUCUUACUGUCAGCUGCUGCUAUUUGCUUACGGAACGAACGUGAGAAAGAAGAACAGCUGAACUUACAAUAUUUAAUGCCAGUGUAUUCACAGAAGCAACCGCCAUAUCCACCCUAUGCUAGUUACCCACAACCGCAAAUUUAUCCUGGGCCAUAUUACCRCGGGUCGCAAUAUGGACCAUAUAACUACUAAUUAUUAAAUACAUAUAUGCACAGUAAUCUUCAUA